AUGGUCAAUAAAAGAUGUUCAAAAUCAAAAUUACAAUAGAGAGCGAUCUGGCGUGAAAUUUUAAAAUCGAGAGGGAAGCCCAAGCCCAAUAGAGCCCACAACCCUAAUUUCAAAAUUUCAAACCCCAUCCCCUCCCUUUCUCAACCGCACUAUAUAUUACACGCCAUUUCCCCUUCUCUUAUACGCGCCAAAUCUGGUUCAGUCACUACACUACCCAUCAGAGACACUAGUUCUUCAAAAAACACAAGAAACAAAAUGUAUGUGGUAAAGAGGGAUGGGCGACAAGAAACGGUUCACUUCGACAAGAUAACCGCACGGCUAAAGAAGCUUAGUUACGGGUUAAGCACCGAUCACUGUGACCCCGUUCUCGUGUCUCAGAAAGUGUGCGCCGGCGUCUAUAAAGGCGUCACCACAAGUCAACUCGAUGAAUUAGCCGCUGAAACUGCCGCUGCUUUGACGGCAAACCAUCCUGAUUAUGCUUGUUUGGCUGCUAGGAUAGCUGUUUCCAAUUUGCACAAGAACACCAAAAAGUCAUUUUCGGAGACGAUCAAAGUGAUGUAUGAUCAUUUUAACGAGAGAUCUGGGCUUAAGGCUCCUCUGAUCGCUGAUGAUGUCUAUGGAAUAAUUAUGAAGAAUGCUGCUCGUUUGGACAGCGAGAUCAUCUAUGACAGGGACUUUGAUUACGAUUAUUUUGGGUUCAAAACCCUCGAGAGAUCUUACCUAUUGAAGGUUCAAGGAAAGGUUGUGGAAAGGCCUCAGCAUAUGUUGAUGAGGGUUGCGGUUGGGAUUCAUAAGGAUGACAUAGAAUCUGCUGUCAAAACUUACCACAUGAUGUCGCAACGAUGGUUCACCCAUGCAUCACCAACCCUUUUCAAUGCAGGAACACCUAGGCCUCAACUUAGCAGUUGCUUCCUUGUGUGCAUGAAAGAUGAUAGUAUAGAGGGGAUAUAUGACACAUUAAAGGAGUGUGCUGCCAUCAGCAAAUCAGCUGGAGGAAUUGGUGUCUCUGUUCAUAACAUUCGUGCUACUGGCAGUUAUAUUCGCGGGACAAAUGGGACAUCCAAUGGCAUUGUUCCAAUGUUGCGCGUGUUUAAUGAUACUGCUCGCUAUGUUGAUCAGGGGGGAGGCAAGAGGAAAGGUGCAUUUGCUGUGUACUUGGAGCCAUGGCAUGCUGAUAUAUUUGAAUUCUUGGAUUUAAGAAAAAAUCAUGGAAAGGAAGAGCACCGUGCUCGAGAUCUGUUUUAUGCUCUUUGGGUGCCUGAUCUCUUCAUGGAGAGAGUUCAGAGUAAUGGACAAUGGUCUUUGUUUUGUCCCAAUGAAUCACCAGGUUUGGCAGAUUGUUGGGGUGAGGAAUUUGAGAACUUAUACCAUCAGUACGAAAGAGAAGGCAAAGCAAAGAAGGUUGUUCAGGCACAAAACCUCUGGUUUGAAAUCCUGAAGUCACAGAUAGAAACUGGAACCCCUUACAUGCUUUUUAAGGAUACUUGCAACCGGAAAAGCAACCAGCAGAAUUUGGGUACAAUUAAGUCGUCAAACUUGUGUACUGAGAUAAUUGAGUAUUCAAGUCCAACCGAAACUGCCGUUUGCAAUCUGGCAUCAAUUGCACUACCAAGAUACGUAAGAGAAAAGGGUGUCCCAAUGGAGUCUCAUCCAUCCAAGCUUGUCGGAAGCACUGGCUCUGGGAACCGGUAUUUUGACUUUGACAAAUUAGCAGAGAUUACCGCUAUAGUCACUACAAACCUGAAUAAAGUAAUAGAUGUUAAUUACUACCCAGUUGAAAAUGCCAAGCGAUCAAAUUUACGGCACAGACCCAUUGGUAUUGGAGUUCAGGGUCUUGCUGAUACCUUCAUACUACUUGGCAUGGCAUUUGAUUCACCCGAGGCGCAACAGUUAAAUAAGGAGAUAUUUGAGACCAUAUACUAUCAUGCUCUAAAAACUUCAUCUGAUUUGGCUGCUAAAGAAGGUGCCUAUGAGACAUACACUGGUAGUCCUUUAAGCAAGGGAAUUCUUCAACCAGAUAUGUGGGGUGUGACACCCUCAGAUCGUUGGGACUGGGAUGCACUUCGCGAGAUGAUAUCAAAGAAUGGAGUGAGAAAUUCACUUCUCGUGGCCCCUAUGCCAACUGCAUCUACUAGCCAGAUUCUUGGAAAUAAUGAGUGUUUUGAGCCAUAUACAUCAAAUAUCUACAGUCGCAGAGUUCUAAGUGGUGAAUUUGUUGUUGUGAACAAGCAUCUUCUUCAUGACUUGACUGAGAUGGGAAUGUGGUCUCCUGCAAUCAAGAACAAGAUUAUCUAUGAAGAUGGUUCAGUUCAAAAAAUACCUGAAAUACCUGAUGAGCUGAAGACUAUAUACAAAACUGUUUGGGAGAUCAAACAAAAGACAUUGGUAGAUAUGGCUGUUGAUCGAGGAUGCUACAUAGAUCAGAGUCAAAGCCUAAAUAUUCACAUGGAUCAACCAAAUUUUGGAAAGCUGACUUCUUUGCAUUUCUAUGCAUGGUCCAAGGGUCUAAAGACUGGGAUGUAUUAUCUUCGAUCACGAGCUGCAGCAGAUGCUAUUAAGUUCACUGUUGAUACCACUGCUCUCAAAGAAAAGCCUAAUGUGGAGUAUGAUGAUAAUACGAAUAUGGCACAGAUGGUGUGCUCUUUAACAAACCGUGAAGAGUGCUUAGCUUGUGGGAGUUAAAAUGUUCAAAAAUAAAAUUGCUUUAUCUAGAUUUCCCUCCUUUAAUCUAUAGCUUUUUGAAGCUUUGUACAGUGUUUAUUUCAGCAUCAGUUUCAUUUGCGUUUGCUUAUAUGUUUUUAGUUACUCAGUUAUCAUGUCUAGAAAAUCAAAGUAUACUACGAAAAUUGAGUUUGGAUAAUCAUAUGAACACAGAAAGCUUAGAUCUAGAGUACUAAUGUAAAAUGUAUUAUUAUUCAAGAGUGUACUAAAUUUAUUUUAAGUUGAAUAGCGAUAACAGAUUGCAGGAUAAUCUACGAAUUAUUGGAUAAUUGACCAGG